UUGAAGACCAAUAUGAUGAAUGGAUGUUGGUUGCUAUAGUACCGCAUGUGUCCUCAUCUUAUUACGGUGAGUAUCAUUUCGAGUUAAGAUGGCUCUUGAAGCAACAAAUUAUCAGUUCCCGCUAAUAUUAUGAUUUCAAUUUAAGAUCGUACGGAGGCGAGAGGCAAGAAAAAAAAACAUGUAUAAUCAGACGUACGCUUGCUAUGGAAGCAAAGCCUCACAUUUAAAUGCCAGAGAAGUUUGUGUACGCAGUUAACGGUUUUGUACUAAUGGAUUUACGUAAAAAACUACAUAGUUUAAGGUUUGACCAGAUGUAAUUAACUACUCUAGAUGAUUUGUAAGAUGUCGCUGCGAGCAUUUUAACUCACGUAAACUAGAAAUUUACAUAAUACAACGUAAGAAAAUCUUAGAAAUAGGCAAAUGUCUAGAAUAAUUGAAUUUGCGAUGGUGGUUUCGAAAUACUACGUAGCAUAUGUUGUCGUACGAUAAUAAUUGGUCAAUAUACAAUUCAAAUGUUCAGGAAGGCAAUGUACCGAAAACGUUUAUCUUAUAUAAAAAUAUUAUAGAAGUAACAUAAAUUAUUUCCCAUCGAACUUUUCUGCUUUUGUAAAGCUAUACAUGUCAUUAUUGAUUAAAUAUAACCAAAAGUGCCUAGGACAGGUAUUUUCAAGACAAGGAAUGAGGAUUCAUUUUCGGUGGAAUACCGAGAAGAGGACAUUGCCUCUGCCCCGCGCAUGCGCAGUAGUGCAUUUCAGGCACUUAGAUUUCUGAGCGCUGGUCGGCUGUCGGACUUCCGAUCUUUGAAGCGGCGGCUGUGUGGUGUGUAACAAGUCGUUGCGAAUCGAGGCUGUGAAGAUGAGUGUAGAAAUUUCAGAAAAUAAUGCAGGCCCCGAGAUCGCGAAAAUUUCGAAGGAAAACAACCCUUCUUUGGACCGACACUCCAUAGUGAAUGGAAUAUCCAAUGGUUAUAGUGAAAAACAUAGUAAAAAAGAACAUAAAUCGGAUAGUAAGGAUAAAGAAAGACAUAGGGACAAAGACAAACAUAGAGAUAGAGAAGGUAAAGAGAGUGAUAGAGAUAAAGAACGAAGAAAAGAGAAGAGCGAAAAGGACAAAUCAAAACACAGUAGCAGUAGUAGUAGCAGCAAGGACAAAGAUAGAGAUAAAGAAAGGAAACAUAAGGAUGAGAAGAGAGAUAAGGAACGGGAGAAAGAUAGAGAGCACAAAAGCAGUAGUUCAAGCAAGGACAAAGAACAUAAAAGUUCAAGCAAAGAUAAAGAGAAGCAUAGUAGUAGCAGCAAUAGCUCCAGCAAAGACAAGGAUCGUGAUAAACAUAACAGCUCUCACAGGGAUAAAGACAGAGACAAGGAUAAAGAGAGACAUAGCUCAAGUAGUAAAGAAAAGCACAGUUCCAGUCAUGACAAAGAAAGGCACUCAAGCUCUGAUAAAAAACACAGUGAUAAACAUAAAAGUAAAGAGAAAGAUUCAAGGGACAAAGAAAAAGUGAAAUCUAAGAGUGAUGAACACUCCAAGAAAGAAAAGGAUAAACCAGAGGAGAAAAGUAUGUUAGAAUCCUCUGAUUUUGAAGAGAAACCUAAAAUCAAGGAAAGUUUUGAUGAAAAAAGUUUCGUUUCAAUUAAGACUGAAGUAGAAAGCCCCUCAAAAAUAAAAGUUGAACCAGAAGACACAAGUUCUCAGUACUUUAAUGAAUCUGUUAAUGACACAAUGGAUAGCUCAAUUGGGCAGAAUACUUUUCAUUCAGAGCUUAUUAUUAAGAGUGAAGAAGAUACUGAAGAUGACACACCUUUGUGGCCAGAUGGGGGGAAAUCCCAGCAAUCAACUUUGUCCUUGCGCCCAACUUUGAAUAGUACAAAGAGAAGUAUUGCAGAUGAAGAUGAUGAUGAUGAUGUUCCACUUUUUGCAAGAAAGAAGGUAAAGAAAGAAAAAGAGGGGAAAAAGAGAAAGUCUAUUGCUAAUGAAGAAGAGUUCAAACCAGCAAAGAAGAAGUCUAAGAACAAAGACGAGAAGAAGGUGGAAGUAACAGAGAGUCCAAAAAAGAAAAAGAAAGAAGAGGAGCAGCAAGAAGUAUGGAAAUGUAUUAUUAAAUUGUGGGAGGAAGAGAAAAAAGAUGACGGAAAGAAAUGGAACUUUCUGGAACACAAAGGGCCUGUGUUUGCUCCUCCAUAUGAACCUCUUCCACCAGAUGUUAAGUUUAGCUAUAAUGGGAAAGAGAUGAAACUGUCUGAAGACGCAGAAGAAAUUGCAACUUUCUAUGCUCGUAUGUUAGAUCAUGAUUAUACAACCAAAGAAGCUUUUAACAAAAACUUUUUUAAGGAUUGGCGUAAAUCUAUGACUGAUGAAGAGAAGCAAAUUAUUACUGAUCUUGCAAAGUGUAAUUUCAAACAAAUGCAUGCCUAUUUUGUAGCAAAAUCAGAGGAACGGAAAGCUAUGUCUAAGGAAGAGAAGAAGGCUCUUAAAGAGAAAAAUGAAGAGGUUGUGCAAGAAUUUGGAUUUUGCAUGAUGGAUGGUCACAAAGAGAAAAUAGCAAAUUUCAAAAUUGAACCUCCUGGUCUCUUUAGAGGACGUGGUGAACAUCCAAAAAUGGGAACCUUGAAAAAGCGUGUCAUGCCAGAAGAUGUAAUAAUUAAUUGCAGCAAAGACUCAAAAGUUCCAAAACCACCUGAUGGCCAUAAAUGGAAAGAAGUUCGUCAUGAUCAAUCUGUUACGUGGUUGGCAAGUUGGAUUGAAAAUGUGCAGGGUCAAGUAAAAUACAUUAUGUUGAACCCUUCAUCCAAAUUAAAGGGAGAGAAAGAUUGGCAGAAAUAUGAAACUGCUCGUAAAUUAGCGAAAGUUAUUGACAAAAUUCGAGACGAUUAUCGUGAAGACUGGCGAUCCAAAGAGAUGCGUAUACGACAACGCGCUGUUGCAAUGUAUUUUAUUGACAAGCUUGCUCUCAGAGCUGGUAAUGAAAAAGAUGAAGAUCAAGCAGAUACUGUUGGUUGUUGCUCAUUGCGUGUUGAACACAUCCAGCUGCAUGAAGAAAAAGAUGGUAAGGAGUAUGUGGUUGUGUUCGAUUUCCUAGGAAAAGAUUCAAUUCGCUAUUACAAUGAGGUGGCUGUUGAGAAGAGAGUUUUCAAAAAUCUUCAGAUUUUUAUGCAAAAUAAAUCAACAGGAGACGAUCUCUUUGACAGGCUUAAUACCUCUGUAUUGAAUAAGCAUUUAAGUGAACUGAUGGAAGGAUUGACUGCUAAGGUUUUUCGAACAUACAAUGCUUCUAUUACUCUACAGGAACAAUUAAAAGCUCUUACAAAACCAGAAUAUUCUCUCCAAGAAAAGAUCUUGGCAUACAAUCGUGCCAAUAGAGCUGUAGCUAUUCUCUGUAACCAUCAGCGAGCUGUUCCAAAGACUCAUGCUAAAUCUAUGGAGAAUCUAAAACUGAAAAUAGAAACAAAGAAAGAUCAGUUGGAAGAAGCUGAGAAGCAAUACAAAGAAGCUAAACGUGAAUCAAAGCGAAGUGAUUCAGCAAAAGUUCGAAUGGAGGUUGAUAAAAAGAAAAAAGCUCUUGAUAGGAUUAGAGAUCAGUUGCAAAAAUUGGAAGUGCAAGCUACUGAUCGUGAAGAAAAUAAAGAAAUUGCUCUUGGAACAUCAAAACUGAAUUAUUUGGAUCCUCGAAUUUCAGUUGCAUGGUGUAAGAAGAAUGAUAUUCCAAUUGAAAAGAUUUACAACAAGACUCAACGUGACAAAUUUCGUUGGGCUAUUGAUAUGGCUGGUCCUGACUACAUAUUUUAACAUCAAUUUAGUUAGUAUAAAGUUCCUUUGUACAUUAAAAAUACAAAUGGAAAAUUUUUUUCUUGUAUGGCCACUGUUUAAAGAUUAUUGAUAUACAUGUGGUUGGAGUAGAUGAAUGUGUACAUAUAAUGAAAAGAGUGUGUAUGAAUGAAUUCAGAAGAUUUUUAUUGAGUGCCCAGAUUGAUUUUAAUUGCCCAAAGUGGUGUGGAGAAUGAUGUUGAAGAAUCUUUGGCUUUUGAAGCUCGAAUAUUGUUGUAUAUAUCCACAAUAAUUACAUAUAAAUAUAUACAUAAUGGAAUUUGAAAAUGUGAACCAAACGUAAUUUUAUGAUCAUUUUUCCACAAUAUAAAUUGAGGCAUUAUUUUGAUGUAGGUAAUCACUUUGUUUUAAUUUAAUGUUAACAUACCCUUAUUGCACUGGCAUUUCUCCAUUAUGAAAUUGUUCAUAUAGCCAAAAAUUUUCAUGAAAAUUAAUGAAAUAUUUUGAAAAUAAUAGUUGUAAUAAAUUGUUAGCUAUACAAAACAUUCCUCAUUAUUCAAUUUUCCACAUUUGCAGAAAGCAUUUACAUGAAUGCUUACACCUGCACAGAUGUAAUUGUUUUUACUACUACAAGGUAUUGGAGGAAUGUAUGUAGUGUAGAAAUAAUUAAUUAGUUAUGCUGUUUUGAUAACUAAUAUAUUAUUAGUUAGGUUAAGGUUUGUAAAGGAAUUUUGUAAAUGUUGAGAGAACUUCUAGAAAAGUCUUCUAAAAUAAGCAAAACUAAUUCAUUAUUUCUAAUAUUCUCUCAAAUGAAAUUGAGUUUCGUUAAUACUUAAUGGUUGCUUAUUUUAAAAAAAAGUUGUUUGGUUUGGUUUGUUCUUUAAUUUCCCCUCCCCAAUUUUGCAAUUGAUUUUUACUAUUCCAGUGGUAAACCUAAUCACUGAAACUACUAUGUGCAAUUUAAAAUAAUUACUACUGAGAAUUGGGUCAGUUUGUUUUUAAUUUUGUCUUUGUUUUGAACAUUACAAACGUUUUCCAAUGUGUUGAAAGGUAUUAAUGUAUAACUGAACUGUCAAAAUAUAUUAUCUCCUGAUGAGUGUUGCAUUGUUGCUGUCAGUGCAGUGCUUGGGUUGUGCAAUCCUUCAUUAAGGAAAACCAAUGUGGUAGAGGGUAUGUGAACAGAUUGCAUGUACAAUAUUCCCUUAAUGUAUUUAUGUACUCUGUAGGUGGAAUUAGCAAUGAAUGUGUAGCAUUGUGUGCUGACUAUUCCAGUGGUACAAGUUUUGCCAAUGUGAAUAUGCCAAUUAUCAAUACAAUAUAGUUUUACAAUCAUGUCUAAGUACUAAUGUUGCUUAUUGAGAUUUGAUUUCUUUCUGAGAAUCAACUCUUCUGGUAAGUUAUUAUUUAUAGAAGAAAAAAAGCACUUGAUGUAGUUCAUUAUUUUUGUAUAGAUGCUUAAUUUAUAAUAAUUGUGAGGGAAUGACUUGGUAAUUGUAUUAGUAGGACACAAUUGCACUUUCAAGAAGUAAUGUAACUAGAGUUAUUUAUUAUACACUCAUUAAUUUUAAUAAAUUUUCUGACAAAAGUUUUUAUCAGUAAAAAAGAAUAUUAUUUCA